AUGAAGAUGAACGCUGGCAUCCUCGGCGCCCUCUUUGGCCUGGCUGGCCUGGCCUCAGCUCACAUGGAGAUGAAGAACCCUCCACCCUUUCGAUCCAAGUUCAACGAUUUCACCACCGACGUCGACUACUCCAUGACCAGCCCUCUCGACGCGGGUGGGUCCAACUUCCCCUGCAAGGGCUACCACAGUCUGAUGGGCACCCCCCAGGGCCAGUCUGUCGUCAACUACCAGCCUGGCCAGACCUACACCUUCACCAUCACCGGCGGCACCCCCCACGACGGCGGCUCGUGCCAGGCCUCCCUCUCCUACGACAGCGGCAAGACCUGGACCGUCAUCCACUCGUACAUUGGCAACUGCCCCAUCUCCGCCGGCGACACCAACUACGACUUCACCGUCCCCAACGAUACCCCUGCUGGUGAAGCCCUGUUCGGCUGGUCCUGGUUCAACAAGAUUGGUAACCGCGAGAUGUACAUGAAUUGCGCUGUCGUGACCAUUGGCGGAGGCAAGAAGCGCGCCGACGUCGAUGCUCGCGCCGCUGGGGAUGCCUUCGCCUCCCGUCCUGCGAUGUUCGUGGCCAACGUGGGCAACGGCUGCGGUACUACUGAGACCAAGGACCUCGAGUUCCCCAACCCCGGCCCCGAUGUCACUCGCAAGACGCCGCAGGACCAGACUGCUCCUCCCACUGGUACCUGCGCGGAAGGCGCCAAAGCCCCUGCUCCUGAGCCUGAGCCCCAGCCCGAGCCCGAGGCCCCCCAGGAGCCUGAGCAGCCCACGACCGCAGAGCCCAAGCCUACUAAGACAAUGUCAGUAUCCCCCACCCCUCCCUCUUCCUCACCUUCGGUCUCUCCGACCAUGCCCUCACUGCCUCCUUCGUCUUCCGCAAGCAAGAACAUCAACUCACCAACAAGCAGCCCUGGCGGUGUCUUCAUUACCGUUCCUGCCAGCGACAAGCCCACUACGCUCGCCACCAGCGUCCGCACGGCCGAUCCCCCCGCGCCCACCAACGAUGAUGCCGGCGACAAAGACGACGGCCAGUCUGAUGAAGGCCUCAUGGACAUCGGCUCUGCAUGCGACAGGGAGGGUGAGUGGAACUGCAUCGACGAGGGCACUUCGUACCAGCGCUGUGCUUCGGGCAUCUGGUCCGACCGCAUGGCGCCUUAUGCUGGUACCGUGUGCAAGGUCGGUAGGUCUGACUCUCUCAUCAUUGCUCGCGCCAGGUCGCCCGCCCCAAACUACGGCAAGGUGCUCCGUGCCUCUCGCAUUGCUGCAAGGCAGGCGCGGGUGUAA